UUCUUAUCAGGCUGCUUUCUCGCCCUUUCACCAUUGCGCGCCACCAGACGUUCAACUCACACACAGCAUAUACCACCCUGACAAACUCGCUCAACAUGGCUAGUAUGGCAUCGGGUCCUACCCACCCUUUUACCUGCAACACGUGCCAGGUCGCCUUCCGCUCCAGCGACCUGCAGCGCACUCACAUGCAAAGUGACUGGCACCGUUACAACCUCAAGAGAAGAGUUGCAUCUCUUCCUCCGCUCACAUCGGAAGUCUUUGCCGAAAAGGUCCUCGCCAACAAGGCCUCAGCUGCUGCCACGGCCGCUCGCGCCUCGUUCGAGAAGAGCUGCUCCGCCUGCCAAAAGACGUAUUUCAGUGAGAACGCCUACGCAAACCAUCUCGGAAGUCUGAAACAUAGACAACAAAUCGCUCGCCUGCACAUGAGAGAUCACGACGAUGCUGCCUCGGUCAUGAGCUCGACCUUUUCUCUGGGAGAGACUCUCGAAACUGCUUCCAACGUCGAGACUGCCUCGGUCGCGUCUGUAGCCACCGACCGCCCUGAGGAGCGCGACACCGACCUUGGCCAGAUCACCGACGGCGUCCAACAGGCCAACAUUGCCGACGGAGACAACGAGUCCACAAGCGCUUCCAACGCCACUCCCGACGAAGACAUGGUCGAAGUCCUACUCAACCAGUGCUUGUUCUGUAACACCAUCUGCGAAGACGUCGACGAGAACAUCAAGCACAUGUCCAAGCAGCACGGCAUGUUCAUUCCUGAAAAAGAAUUCCUAGUCGACAUGGAGGGUCUUUUGAGCUAUCUCCACGAGAAGAUCCACGACGAUCACCAGUGCUUGUAUUGUGGUCAGCUGAAGCACACAGCCUCCGGCAUCCAAACACACAUGCGCGACAGAGGUCACUGCAUGAUCCCCUACAGCACCGAGGACGAGAUGCUCGAGAUCGGAGAGUACUACGAUUUCAGAAGCACCUACUCAGAUGGUGAGGACGAUGAGAGCACUGAUGGUGCCGACGACAGACAAGAGGGAGGCGUCAAGCUUGGUGCCGCUCGUGCCACAAAGGUCACCAUCGAGACCGAAGACGGUGACGGAGAUGCAAACAUGGCCGACGAGGAUGAUGAGGGAUGGGAGAGCGAUGGAUCCUUGUCUUCGGUGCCGACCGAUGAGAUCACAUCGGUGCCCAUCGACGACCAUUCACACCGUUACAAGACGCUCGACCGCCACAGACACCAUUCUCACAACGACCCCCGUCCCCACCGAAACACAGACGGUUAUCAUUCUCACGCCCACUCGACUCCUCAUGCUGUCUACCACGACGACUACGAGCUGCACUUGCCUUCGGGACGUACUGCCGGUCACCGUUCGCUCGCCAAGUACUACAGACAGAACCUCCGCAACUACCCGACCCCCGAGGAGAGAGCCGAGCAACGAGCUAUCGAAGGGCGCCACGAUUCGGACGGCGAAGAAGAGGUCAGAAACAGCAGAAAUGGCCGCGGGCGUGAGAUCGUCACUCGUGCAGAGGGCGGCCUUGGUAUGGUCGGUGUCAGCGAGGACAAGAAGAAGGAAGUCCGCACUGCCGAGAAGAGAGAGAAGAAGCGCGAAGAGAGAGCGCGAGCCAAUUACCAAUGGGGCAACGACAAGAGAGGAAACAACCAGAAGCAUUGGCGCGACCAUCUUUUGCAAUAGACGGUUACGCAUCACAUUGCAGUCUCUGGGGAUUUGGGUUGCAGCAUUAUUUGGACAAGGUCUGGUUCAAGUAUAUCUUAUGAUUGUCACACAUCUGGGUUUCAGCGAAUUGCACCAGCGAAGGUCCUUCAAAUUUCAUGACGAUACAUAGAGCAUUAUGUUUUUUCGCGGGAAACAAAAUUGGGUUAUUCUCGUAAACUAUAUCUGCAUUUCCUGGACAGACCAGUGUGAUGACCUUGUCCAAGCUUAUACCGGACCCGUGAUAUCAGUUG